AUGUGCCGCUGGUUCAUAUACUUGGGCGACGAGUCCCAGCUUCUCGAUGACCUUGUCCUUCGACCGCGCCAUUCCAUCGUGAAGCAAGUCGAUGAUCAUUUUCUUCCAUCCGGUCAUACUCCAUUCGACCCGUGGCAGGCUGAAUAUGCCACACCGUCGUCAGCAAACGACACCGGAUCUCCGAAUCCCCUAACCAACAUGGACGGCUUCGGCAUAGGAUGGUACACAUCCAGCCAAUGCGAAUUCGAUCCGCGGGCGCAGAGCUCAGGUCGGGAAUCCCUCCGCCCUGUCGUGUACAAAAAUACUCGGCCACCUCUGAACGACCUCGUGUUCAAAAGCAUUGCCAGAGGCACCAGCACACAGGCUGUUCUAGCCCACGUCCGAGCUGCACCGGGUCUUACGCCUGUGGUGGAGACAAACUGCCACCCCUUCGUCUUUGGAAGGCACCUGUUCGCGCACAACGGGAUCUUGGGGUACUUUUCUGUCAUCAAGACGGUUAUCUUGCAGUACCUCCCACUACGGUAUCAGACGGCGAUUCUUGGGACGACUGAUGCCGAGCACAUUGCGGCGUUGUACUUCUUUAUUCUCUGUGAAGAAACAGGCGAUUGGAACUCACUCUAUCCUAUAGACAAGAUGGCUAAAGCUAUGAGUGAGACGGUUGCUAUGUUGGAGGGAAUGCAGAAAGAAUUCGUUGGAAAAAGAGGCCCCGCCCAAGAGAAUAACACUCUAAACCUAGUCGUUACCUCAGGCAGUUCGCUGGUGGCCCUUCGAUAUGCGAGUCCGAACGGCGUGGAACCCCCAAGUUUAUACUACUCGAAAACUGCUGGUGCUACUCUGAACAGAAAGUUCAAGGGGCAUCCAAACAGCGUUGGUGGCAGUGAGACAGAUAAUCGUGACGAUGGACGAGAGGAGAAGGAGGCUCAUUCGGCUCAUGUUCUGGUAGCUAGCGAACCGAGUACUUUUGACCUGGACGAAUGGGAUCUGAUCGAACCAUCCCAGAUGGUUUUGGUGGAUGAUGAAAUUCAAUUGGAGUUAAGAAAAUUGUAG